GUACGUCCUUAUAACCUUCACCUUCUUGAACGAAACUGAAGCCAACUCGCAUCAACAGGUAUAAGAACACAAGCCAAGUGGACCCCGCAGUGAUUCGUGUCUAUAGGUUUCCACAUGCCCACGAUUGCUUAACAAGAAACAAGAAAGUUUAUAUCAGCCCACAAAAAUCAUUGGCGAUGCAGUCCCAUUCUUAAACUGAUCAAGUGUGGUUGUGGGUGUGCACAUCCUUUUCGUACACAUUGAUGUUUAUAGGGGGGGAAAUCUUAUACAACAAAAUGGAGGGAAAUGCAAGUAUGGGUCAUUUGAGCAUUGUCGAAUUCUACGAGAAUCGAUCGGUUUUUAUUACGGGAGCAACGGGAUUCAUGGGUAAGGUUCUGGUGGAGAAGAUUUUGCGAUCUUGUCCUGGCGUGGAGCGUCUAUACUUACUGAUGAGGCCGUCAAAGGGUCAAAGUGUCGAUUGCCGCCUUCGAGAAUUCAUCCAAAAUGAGAUAUUCGGUAAGGUCAAAGAACAGCAGCCAAACCUAAUGGCGAAAAUCACGGCCGUGACAGGUGACGUCACACUGCCUCAACUGGGUUUGUCGCCAUCCGAUUUACAGCUGUUGAUUGAAAAUGUGUCUGUCGUGUUCCAUUCUGCUGCCACAAUCAGAUUCAACGAGGAAUUGAAAACGGCUCUCGUUAUGAACGUGAAAGGGCCGAUGGAAUUGCUCGAAAUUUGUCUCAAAAUAAAACAUCUUGAGGCAUUUGUACACGUGUCGACUGCCUUCAAUAAUCUUGACCGGGAGAAAAUUAAGGAAGAGGUUUACUACAAUCCGAAAGUGAAUCCAGUGAAAUUAAUUGAAUUUCUUGAUGGUCUCGAUGACGAAACACUUAAAAUCAUGACGCCUGAACUAGUGGGUGAGUGUCCAAACACGUAUGUUUAUACCAAAGGCUUGGCCGAGCAGCUGCUGGAAACUAAACGUGGAAGCGUUCCGUUGGCAAUUGUCCGGCCAUCCAUCGUGACUGCGGCUGAAAGUGAACCUUUUCCUGGUUGGGUCGACAACAUGAACGGUGCAACAGGAACAAUUGCUGCUGUCGGUAAAGGGAUCUAUCGUACCCUUAAAAUAAACAAAAAAUUAGUCAGUGAUAUCAUUCCAGUUGAUUAUCCAAUCAAUUUGAUGAUUGCCGUUGCUUGGUAUUUAGCAACUCACAGGCCAACUGGCGUUCCCGUCUACACUUGCACCACUGGACAUCGAAACCCACUCACCUGGGGUAUGCUAAAACAUUGGACCCUAGAAUUUUGGUUGAAGUUUCCUACUAAAGAAAUGCUGUGGUAUCCCAGCGUUCAUUGCACAAUGCACGAUCUUAAUCUCAAAAUCACGCAAAUUUUGUUUCACUAUCUGCCAGCCUACGUGAUGGACUUGUUUAUGCUAGCGACGGGGAAGCGCGCAAAAUGGGUCCGUCUCUACUCAAAAGCAGAUAAAGCUUUUGUUCCUUUUGAGUUUUUUACGACACAUCAGUGGCAAUUUAUUAGUGACAAUCCAAUUCGCUUAUCGAAGGAGAUGACCGCUGAAGACCAGGAAAUGUUUUACUUCGAUGUUCGAAAAAUAAACUGGCAAAGUUAUUUCGAAAAUUACAUAUUAGGAAUUAGGCAACAUGUUUUUAAAGAUGAUCCUACCACUCUUCCAUUGGCCAGAAGCAAUCUUGAAAGAUUGUACGUGGUGCGACAUAUUUUAUCGCUCAUUAUUUCAAUGUUUCUGAUUUUCAUUUUUAAAAACAUUUUCUUGUCUUUCAUUCUUAUUGGUCCUCAGACUUUCUCUCUGUUUACCGAAUUGUUGUCUUUAUGAAUUACUUGAUGAAGUAGAACUAUCUUAAAAUGCACUAUUCUUUUAUGCAACUCAACUCAUCCACAGACUAGAAGUUUGUAAUGCCCUGUUUUUUUUUAACUAGUCAUAGCUCGACGACUCCGCCAUCUAGGGGUAUGAAUUUAGUAAACUUUUUACUCAAAUGCCUAGAUGGCGAAACCGUUGAGCUAUGAAUCUCGCUUCCCGUGGUCAUGGAAAAAUGUGUUGGAUUGGGACUUUCUUUAUCGUAAAAAAUGGCGAACACGUUGUGAGUGUCGGAUAAUAUCUAAUAAUUACCAAUAAUUACCAAGAGACGCCUACGUCAAAAACUCAAAAUACGUGCCGUAACAAAUCGGCAGUGCAAAGACAAAUCACCGUGGAGUGUGGAUUGUGAGAAGAAAGCAGUUUCCCACAGUUCCAGCUUCCAGAGUCCAGACCUACAACAUUUUGUUGUUUUAAUCGGAAUGGUGGAGUACUGAGGUUGAAGCUGGAAAUGGAAACAGAUAUCGCCUAAAUCUUCUGAAUGUCACUUUUACUCCCUAAAUUUCUGGAAUACUUGUUUGGUGAACAGUGUCAUCUUAGAUUUACUCAUCCUCCAUCUGAAUGACAAUCAACAGGAAAUGAAACAGCAGUCUUUUCUCUUCUGAUAUGCCUCAUAGAGAUGCUGACACUCAAAUUGUCAAAUAUGCCGCGCCUACACGCAUUCAUGCGACCAAUGAGAGUCAAUUUACGGCAUUUGAGUUGUUGCUCAUUGUUUCCUCUUCUGCUCUUCAGGACGACAUCAGGACCAGACGUGGAAUGACUUUACCGCCUCCUGUUCCAUUUGGCCCCGGGAAUUGAACUCAUUCAAUAAUCAAAGCGCUACCGUUCAUUAAGGUGACAGAUGUAGCUAUCAUGGUUCUGGCUGAUUUAUUCAGCAUGCAAGGAUCCUGCGCUUAAUUAUACGCACAUUAAAAAUUGCCUUCCUAUUCAUCAUAUGGUGGGCGAUGCUGCUUCGGUUGACGACAUCUACACAGAAAAAGUUUAUUAAUUCAGUUCCGAUCAUAUCAAAGAGAUAGGCGAUCGAAUCGUUCAUUGAGAAAGCCAAUCGGCGAGGGAUUUCCUUUCAUGUUUGUCAACAAACAACAUCUCAGCCCUCCAUUGGAAACGUUCACCCUUUAGAUAAUGUAAUCAAAAGCGGUCAAAAAGGAGAAUUCAGAUGGUGCUAUUUCUUCGUCCCGCUAAGUCUCUCCUACAAUGCUGUUGAAAGGGGCCAGUUUUCCCGCUCGUUGUCAAUCUUACUAACUGCAGA